AUGUCGAAACGCUUCUCAGCAGCUGACGUCGCGUCGCACAAGACAGCGAGCGACCUAUGGAUCAUUGUAGACGAGGAUGUCUACGAUCUGACCAAGUUCCAGGACGAGCAUCCCGGAGGCAAGAAGAUUCUUUCGCGCGUCGCAGGAAAGGACGCCUCAAAGCAGUUCUGGAAGUACCACAACGACAGCAUCCUCAAGAAGUACCAGAAGCUCCAAGUCGGAUCGCUAGACACCAAGGCUGCUCCCCCGGCUUCACCAGCAGCGGCUGCCCCCGAACAGAAGGCGGCGAAGAAGAAGGAUGUGGUCAAGCCAGAGGCCAACUCUGGUGUUGUAGCGCCACAGCCAACUGAGGCUGCUGCUGAGGAGGCUGAGCCUUUCGAUGCUUACGGCGACCUAAUCCCUUACGCAGACCCAUCCUGGUACCAAACAUACCACUCUCCCUACUUCAACGAUACGCACGUAGCCCUCCGCGACGAAGUCCGUCAAUGGGUCGAAGAGAAACUCAUGCCCAACGUGACUGAAUGGGACGAAGCAAAGAAAGUACCCGACGAGAUAUACAAGGAGAUGGGCGAGCGCGGAUAUCUUGCUGGUAUGCUGGGCAUCCACUUUCCCAAAGAAUUGACAGACCGGAGAGUUCAAUGCGUGCCACCGGAGAAGUGGGAUCACUUCCACGAGAUGAUCAUUACGGAUGAGCUAUCAAGAACAGGCAGUGGUGGUCUUGUCUGGGGUUUGAUUGGAGGAUACGGCAUCGGCGCACCGCCUCUGUUCAAGUUCGGCAAGAAGGAGCUUGUUCAGCGCAUUGGACCAGACAUCCUGAGUGGAAAGAAGAGGAUUUGUCUCGCCAUCACUGAGCCUGACGCCGGUAGCGACGUUGCGAACUUGGGCUGCGAAGCCAAGCUCUCCGAAGACGGGAAACACUACAUCGUAAACGGCGAGAAGAAGUGGAUCACCAACGGCAUCUGGUCUGAUUACUUCACCACCGCCGUACGCACAGGCGGCGAGGGCAUGAACGGUGUAUCGGUACUCCUGAUUGAGCGCAGCGCCGGUGGUGUCUCCACACGCAAGAUGGACUGCCAGGGUGUAUGGAGCAGUGGUACCACCUACGUGACCUUCGAAGACGUCAAGGUCCCCGUGGAGAACCUGAUUGGCAAAGAGAACCAAGGCUUCAAGGUUGUCAUGACCAACUUCAACCAUGAGCGUAUCGGCAUUAUCAUUCAAUGCUUGCGCUUCGCUCGCGUCUGUUACGAAGAGAGCGUCAAGUACGCACACAAGCGCAAGACCUUCGGCAAGCGCCUCAUCGACCACCCCGUCAUCCGCCUCAAACUGGCACACAUGGCCCGCCAGAUCGAAGCGAGUUACAACUGGAUGGAGAAUCUCAUCUACCAGUGUCAGAAGAUGAAUGAGAUGGAGGCUAUGCUGAAGCUUGGUGGCGCUAUUGCCAGCUUAAAAGCGCAAAGUACCACAACGUUCGAGUUCUGUGCUAGAGAAGCAAGUCAGAUCUUUGGCGGUCUGAGCUACAGCCGUGGUGGACAAGGUGCCAAGGUGGAGAGACUAUAUAGGGAUGUCAGGGCCUAUGCCAUCCCCGGUGGCAGCGAGGAGAUCAUGUUGGAUUUGUCAAUUAGACAGGCCUUGCGAGUACAUAAGGUGCUCGGCAUGAAGCUGUAA